UUAAUAAUAGCGACAUUUGAAUCUGCUAACGUUAGCUAAGUUAACAAUUGUUAAACGGAGGGUGUUAAAUGGUCUGCAGAAAUCCUACAGUCGAGUCUGUUUAAAACUGUUGGGAGCCAAAAUCGAUCUCUUCUGACAUGAACUUCUAUGUCAUGAUUAAGCUUUUCAUUUUGUGAAAAGUUGCCAUUUUAUCGGGGACGUUACACCUACACCACCACAAACUACAACUACCUCGAAAAUAACAAUAAGGAUGAACAGCUGCAGCAAAACAUAACAUUAUAACCUUCACAAAGAGCUGUUCUAUUGGGCUGCAAUUGUUUUAGCUUGGUGUAACGUUAACGUUGCAUAAUAAACUGGCAACUGCGUGUAAACCGAGACAUAGAAGAUUUUCUGGGCUGUAAUUUAAACCGCUAGAGGUACAAGGACAAAAUGGGAUGUCUGUUUUUGCAAGCCCAGUGAAUUAAAGAUCUGUCAAAUCAAGACUAUAAUGUUGAUGGUGCUGAGGAAGAGGGGGCUGAGAGAUCCUCCUCUCCAACUGGAAUACAGUCUCCAGUAAUGGACCGUAACCCAUCACCACCCCCAGUCACAGCCGAUGGACAGGAGUGCGAAGAUUUGGACGCCAUUGGCGACACCGUUUACAGCAAGCACUGGCUUUUCAGCACCCUGACUCAUCUCAUCCAUAUGGUCACAGAGCAUUCGGAGGUGGACUCAGAAGGUCAGAUGCAGCUCUCUGAUGAUGAUGAGGAAGAUCUAUGUAGAGUCUGGGAUAUGGCCAUGGAUAAGGACGUGGCUGGUUUUCUGCAGGAAUUCAAAGCUACAGAUAUCCUUCUUGGGGUGAUAGCCAAAUCUCGUUGUCCACGUCUCACUGAAAUUUGUGUGGGAAUCCUCGGGAACAUUGCUUGUUUUCCUGACACUUGUCUGACUCUCAGCCAAAAUGAAGACUUAGGCACUGUGCUGUUGCUUCUUCUUGGAGAUACAGAUCCUCCGACCCUUCUGGAAACAUGCAGACUGCUGCUGACCUGCGUCUCUCAAAAAGAUGUCUUUUCCCUGUGGCUUCUGCGAAUACAACAGCAGACAUCUGUGCGCACCAACCUCUGUUUCAUCAUGUGCAGUUCUACCAACACUGACCUGCUUGAGAAGGUUGGAGAGCUGGUUGACAAACUCUUUGACCUUGACGAAGAGCUGAUGAAGAGUUGGAUCACAGCUCAGCCAAGUGAAGAGGAGGACGAUGAUGAUGGCCAAAGCCGUCUGGAUGUGGCCUCAUGUCUUCUUGAGGCAGCCAAACAGCUUCGAUCAGAGUGUCCGAAUGGCUUAGAGGUUUACCUUCACGCCCUCCAACUCCUCACCACCGUUGAUGAGGGCAUUCAGGCGUUUGCUGCCCCUGAUGGACCUGGCAAAGCAGUUUGGGACUUUUUCUGUGAUGUUGUGUGCGAGGACCUCUGCCAGCCUAAUGAUCUCCCAGUUGUCCUGCAAGAGCAGAAGAGCAUUUUGGUUCAGGCAUUUUCUGUGCUGCUGGCUCUUCACAGAUGCCAAGAUCAGUGGCGCAGCAGAAGUGACACAAGUCUUCCUCUUAUUGGAACCAUUUUGCAGGUGCUUCAGAACCUCAGUCAGGGCAAAGACGACGGUACCAGCAAAGAAGAGACAAAAGAUGAACAGCUCCAGACUUUAGCAGAGAUCACAGCCGAGUUUCUAGCUGACAUCUGCAUUCACAUUCCAAAGGGCACUGUGGCAGAGUUGGUGAAGAAAGGAUACCUUACAGAGAAGACCUCUCUAACAGCAGCGGGCAGUUUAGUUACCAACUUUAAAACUUCAUUUCAGCACCUGCACUCCAUGCUGUCAGAGACUGAUCCCCAGUUGGCAGACAUGGUGAGGAAACAGUUUCCUGUCUGAGUCAUCCAGUGGAUCAGUGCCAUCACCCAGACUCUCAUCACUGCUUUUUAUAGUGGCCUCAGUUUCCCUCCAAAGUUCCUGCUUUAAGUCAUGCUAUUUGGAUUUCCAUUGGAGAGACUUAAUGAGGAUGUCGCACCAUCACAAGUGGCGGACAAAAGAGUGGACAGUCUUUUUCUUGUUUCAAUAUUUUGAUGAAAUUCAACUGUUUUAUGUUUGUUAUUGUUCCAUGAAUGCUAUUUUUGUAUUAAAUAAUUGACAGUGA